ACUUCAUACUUUUGUUUGAUUUGUUCGGUUGUUCCCGCAUCCCUAUGUUGAGCCUGCAAGUGUGAUUUGGGUUGACUGUUGUGUGUUUGAGUAUUGAAAAUGGCGCUGAAGAGUUGGAUAAUUGAAGUUUUUGUUAUAAAUGAAGAUCAUCAAGCUAUACCUAAAUAUAAUAAGAAGUUAAGAUUAACAGCUGAAUAUGAUCCACAAGGUGUUAAUAUUAAACUUUACGAUGAUCAGAUGGAAAUAGCUGAAUUUUCUGUAUGUACAAAUACAGAAUGUUGCCGAUUUGGAAAUUGCUCCUAUCUGUUUUCCUUUGAUAAUGAAUCUCUCCUUUUUAAAUUUAGAAAUCCAGAGGAUGCUAGGAGUUUCACACUUGCCAUGACAAAGGCAAAAUCAGGUAAAGGAGCCUCCGUAUUUUCAGUAAGAACUGAAGAUUCCUCGGCAACUCAGUACUUCCAAUUUUAUGGCUAUUUAUCCCAACAACAGAACAUGUUACAAGACUUUGUUAGGACUUAUACUUAUCAACGGGCAAUAUUAUGUAAUUUGAAUGAUUUCAAGGACAAAGUUGUAUUAGAUGUAGGUGCAGGAUCUGGAAUUUUGUCGUUUUUUGCGGCUCAAGCUGGUGCCAAAAGGAUCUAUGCUGUGGAAGCUUCCACUAUGGCUCAUUUUGCGCAGAAAUUGGUUGAAGCGAAUAAUUUAAAAGACUUGAUCAAAGUUGUACCUGGGAAAAUUGAAGAGGUAGAACUUCCUGAAAAAGUGGAUGUUAUUAUAUCUGAACCGAUGGGGUACAUGUUGUAUAAUGAAAGAAUGUUGGAAACUUAUUUACAUGCUAAGAAAUGGCUCUUGCCUAACGGAAAAAUGUAUCCGUCCCGUGGUGAUCUACACAUAGCUCCUUUUACAGAUGAUUCUCUUUACAUGGAACAAUACAGCAAGGCUAAUUUCUGGUUUCAAACAUGUUUCCAUGGUGUUAACUUAUCUGCAAUUCAGAAUAGUGCUGUCAAAGAAUAUUUUAGACAACCGGUUGUUGAUACAUUUGAUAUUAGGAUAUGUAUGAGUAAAUCCAUUAGACAUAUCGUUGACUUUCUUGAGGCCGAUGAAACAGACCUACAUACAAUAGAAAUUCCACUUGAGUUCCACAUUUUGGAGUCCGGUACUUGCCAUGGUCUUGCCUUCUGGUUCGAUGUGGCUUUUGCUGGUUCUCAGCAAACAAUUUGGCUCAGUACUGGACCGACAGAGCCUCUUACACAUUGGUAUCAGGUUCGAUGUUUGUUAGAACAGCCGCUUCUUCUCAAACAAGGACAAGUUUUAACGGGAAGAGUAGUACUAGUAGCAAAUAAAAGGCAAAGUUAUGAUGUAACAAUUGAAUUGACAGUUGAAGGAACGAAUCAGUGUUCUACGAAUACAUUAGACUUGAAAAAUCCCUACUUCAGAUAUACAGGGGCACCGGUUCAACCGCCACCGGGGGUCUCGAAUGUAUCUCCCAGUGAAAAUUACUGGAGCCAGUUGGAUGCUCAAGGUGUAAGAAAUGAAUAUUUUACAGCUGUCAAUAUGGUGAACGGAAUGUCGGUUAAUGGACUCGGAGAGGUUUCGAUGGACACCACGCAAACGGUUCUCAAUAAUAAUUUGAUGGCAAAUAAUCUGAUUGCUUUAGUGGACACUUCACAAUUAACAGAUGGAGCACCUCCGAAUAUUCAUCCAGGAUGUAUCUCAAGUACAGGCAGAGGAAGAGUUGCAGCUAGUCCGACAUCCACUCACACUGCUCAGUUGAUAGGUGGCGCUAUUUCACCAUCAUUAUUUACUUCUCCGAAUGGCCAACAACAACCUUUAGUGAUGGCAAAUUAUCCAGUUAGUGCAAAUUUAAUGAUUGGUGAUUAUGUUACCCCAGGAAAUGGAGUAGCGAUGCCAAGUUAUCGUCAAUAAUCAAUGGACUGUGCACUUUCACGCUCAAAAAAGAAACUUAAAGGAUAUUUUUAAGGGUGGGGGAUUCCAAUUCGUGUACCCAACGCGUGUGAUUCCAAGUAUUUUUCUGUUGAAUAUUGUAAAAUACUUUAUCACUUUGUGAUAACGACCUGAUUUGCUGUCAGUUUUUGAAAUCUCAUAUAUCAGCUUGUCGUACGGCAGAGGCAAAGUUAAUUCCUAGUUUUUACAUCUCAGCCGUUUUUUACACUUCUUUGGUAUUAGUCACAACGAUUAUUUUUUUAAUGAUUAUUUUACUUUAUAUAGUUUUAUCAAGAAGUGUACAUUUAGUUGCUCAUCACAACUAGGAAAUAAUAUUAUUUUCAAUUAGUUAAAAGUAGAAACAGUACUCAAUUCAUUUUUUAUUUUCAUUGAGCCUCCCUUAGAUAUUUAUUUGUAAAUACUGGAUUAGUUGGAUUAAUUUGAGGGAUUCCUCAUGUACAUUAGUGAAUUAUUUUCAUUUUUCUCUAGAAGAUGAUUUUUUGAAGCGAGCCUUAAGAUAUUUCAUUACUGAACUAUACCACUUUUCAAUGAAAAAUCCAUAAAACUGUUUUCACUUUCUAAUAAGUGAGAUGGUUUUUGGAAAUAAUGGACAAUAUCUUUCAGUUAAGACUGCAAUCAUAAAUACUCUAUUUUUAAUUACAUUUGUCACUAUGUAAAUGUUUGUGUUAUAGAACACUGCAGUGUAUGAAAACCAUCUCUUUUUUAUCUUAGUGUUAUAUUUGAAGUCCAAAUUUCGAAAUUCAUUCCUAUCGAAUUUUUCUACAAGAAGGAAAUUUUCAACUUUGGAAGUCAUUAUUUGAUUGCCGAUCACAUUUGAAUCUUUCCAUGUUUGUGAAUUUUAUGUCUUAUAUCAAUUGUCGUAAGUUGAUUCCAUUAGUUCUUUGAUCGAUUGUUUUGGAUACCCUACUCUAUUUCCAAAAAGAAGGAAUGUAUAGUAUUAAAUAUUUUCCUAGAUAGUUUAUUGUUGGAUGGUCUUUAUUAAUAUCACAAUUAAUUAGCAGUUUUAGGAAUAAAAUCGCUCGAUACUGAUUCUACAUGGUAAAGGCAUUAUGUAAUGAAAUCCAAAGACAACGUGGUAUUCAAACUGGAUGGUUAAAAUAUCUGUUUAUCCAAGAGACAAAGAAGCUAAUGACUACUAUCAUCAUGAAGUCCCAAAUUUAACCUUUUUCAAUAACAUGGUAGCUUCCUUAGAUUUAAAAUGUUUGGUGUCAAAUACAAGCACAAAAAUGAACAUCCAGUGUUGAUCAAAUAAUUUUUUCCUAAAUCUUGCGAGAGAAAUUUUGACUAUCCAGUGAUCAAUUUUUUUUAUUAAUGAUUUUAAUAAGAACUCCAAAACUUUUCAAAGCUUAUUAUUGUGUCUAUAAUUAAGCAUUUUUGAUCAUCUGGUGGGUAACAUCAAACUUGUGUUUGUAUAUGUUGCUAUUAUAUCUGUGAUAUUUUCAUUUUGAAUCUAACCACAUUUCAUGUAAAAUUAAAAUAGAUUAGUUAUCAUUAGGUUUUCAUUUGUUGACCAAUAUAUUAUUUAUUCAAUUGUAAACCAAGAUGAAACUCUUGAUGCAAACUUAAUUGUACAGACUGUUUAACUUGUAAAGACCUUUGAAGGAUCUACAACAUACUGGAAAUGUUCUGUUUCUCUAUUUUAAUUGUAUUUUUACUUUUCUACACUCGAAAUAUUUUUUCUCCUUUUUUUUUUUCAUUAUUUUAUUGAUGAAUUUUUAGAAAACUAUACACUGAAAAAUUUAUAUUGCAACGAAAUAAUUUUGUUUGUAAUUGGUCUUUAUGAACUUAACGUUUUUAGCAAAAAAGCAGCUCAUCCUAUUGGAACAUUUUUAUAUACAAAAGAUAUUUCAAAUAUUGGAUUGACUCUGUUUUUACUCAAUGGAAAUCCAUUUAAAUCGGAAAUAUUUAACAGUUAUUCUAUUUCCACUUUCUGAUUAUAUAAAUAACAAUUUUAGUUAUACAAAUUGUAAAAUCUUCUCUGUGCAGAGAAACCAUUGUUAUUUAAAUAAUUGAAAAGUGGAUGUAGAAUAACUCUCAUUUAAUUCCGAAAGAUAUUUUAAUUUUUGUAAAUGUUAUCUUUUACAUAUACAUGUCAUCACAAUUGUAUCACGUGGAAUAUUCCAUUAUUGUAGUUUUUAAAUUGUCUAUUAUCAAACCCUCAUUGUUUACACGUUCUCUAUUUAGUUCAACCUUUAGAUACGAGUGAAAUUUUAUCAAUGUUCAGUUCUUAAUUUUUUUUAUUCUCUCUAUUUUACUAUGAAGAAUUAAGUGCCAACAAUGAGGAUUGUAAUGUUUACAGGUGUGUUUACAGUAUUUUCAGAUCCUUUGGGAUUUUUAUCGAAGUUUAUUGAUAUUGUGUUCAUGAUUAUCCAUUAUGAAAGUUUUAGUUCAUAAUUGUGUAAUGAACUUCCGAUCUGUGCAGUCUGUUAAAUAAGAGCAUCUGUCGCUCAGUUGAACUAAAAUAGCAUUGUAUUACCUGCCUUAUCCUUACCCAUGUAUUGUGGCAGCAUUGGGGAAUCGCCUAGUUACAUUAUAAGCUUCAUGUAUACAAGUAGGCAUUGAUAUUUAAUUGUGUACAGUGACGGCGAUAAUAAAAAUGUACAAUUUUGA